AUGCUCAGCUGCGACACCAUUCAACUUAAUGUUGGAGGGACGCUCUACACUACGACAAAGAAAACUCUUUCCAGAGAAUCAAAUACGUUCUUUACAAAUCAGCUCUUUUCAAAUUUUCUGCGUAUGUCGGAUGGCUCCUUUUUUAUUGACCGAAACGGACAGAUUUUCAGUUACAUUCUCGACUACCUUCGAUGUGGGAAACUUAUUGUACCCCGAAAUUUCCAUGCUUUCGAAAGCUUAUAUGAAGAAGCUAAGUUUUACGGUCUAGGCGAGCUGAAAAAACAAAUAGAAAUACUAGAACGACGAUCAACUAUCCCACGACAACCUACUAAAUCUGAGAGUUCAGAUUCGCCUUGCAGCAGCGCGAGGAAACCAGGAUUUCUGACACUUGGCUAUAGAGGAACGUUUGCAUUUGGAAGAGACGGCCAAACAGAUGUGAAAUUCCGAAAACUUUACAGAAUACUCGUUUGCGGAAAAGCUUCAUUGUGCAGAGAAGUUUUUGGUGACACCUUAAAUGAAAGUCGAGACCCUUCAGAUAGAGAAGGAUGCGAACGUUACACUUCAAGACUUUAUUUGAAACACCAAUGUCUCGAAAAGGCAUGUGACACACUAGCAGAAAAAGGAUUCAAACUAUUAGGUACUUGCUGUAAUGGUGCUAAUGGACUGAUGACUUCGUUCCUACCAAACAUACAGUCCUCUUCUUCGACACCAGAACUGAUGAACCAAAGAAACGGAGGAGAUUUUGAGGAGCAGCGAUGGGCACAUUACACGGAAUUAAUAUUUUACCGAGAACCUCUACACUGCAAUUUUCAGAAACCAAAUGUGGAAUGUUGCCAUGCCUCCUUGCAAAAUCUUAACUGGAAAUAA